AUGCUUCAUGAUAUAUCAAAACCACACAAAAUUCUUACUAUUCAUGCUGAAUUACAAAUAAAUGAGGAUCAUUCUAAAAAUCUGUAUUAUCAUAAUGUUACAAAAAGAGAUAUAUCAACUGCACCAUUGGUUCCUUUACUUCCUGGACAUUGUUUUAUAGAUGCAGAGGAUGAGGAUGAAUUCAAUUUUUUUUUGAAAUGGAAUGAACAUGAAGAAUUUGAGGAUUCUGAAGUAACUAAUGUUAAUGAGAAUAUUGACACCUUUGCUUCAAUUGAUAUUAUUGAAAUUAGUGAUGAUAUAAGAGAAGAAAGUAGUACUGAAGAAUCUACAAAUCAAUUUAAAUGA